GCGGAGGAGGAGAAGUGAGGGAGGAGGAGAGUGGGAGGGGAGUGUGGAAGGCUCUAAGGGAAAGCGGCAGCGGCCGGGAGAGGCGGCGCGGCGCACGGCGGGGCAAGGCAGAGGUGUCAGGGGCGGCCGCGGGCACCCACGGCCGCAACGCGGGGCAGCCUCCCCGGCCCGCCCGCCGCGCUCCGCCCGCCCGCCCUCCCUGGCCCUUUUUCUUCCUCUCCUCUCUCCUCUCCUCGCCUCCCCACCGGCGGCACCAUGGUGGACAGGGGCCCCUUGCUGACCUCGGCCAUCAUCUUCUACCUGUCCAUCGGGGCGGCGAUCUUCGAGGUGCUGGAGGAGCCGCACUGGCGCUCGGCCACCGACGACUACAAGCGGCAGAAGACGGAGCUGCUCAAGCAGUUCCCCUGCCUGGGCCAGGAGGGGCUGGACAAGAUCCUGCAGGUUGUGUCGAAUGCUGCUGGUCAGGGGGUUGCCAUCACUGGGAACAACACUUUCAACAACUGGAACUGGCCUAAUGCUGUGAUCUUUGCUGCUACUGUAAUCACUACAAUCGGUUACGGAAAUGUUUCACCAAAGACACCCUCUGGACGUCUCUUUUGCAUAUUUUAUGGGCUCUUUGGAGUUCCUCUCUGCUUGACAUGGAUCAGUGCUCUGGGGAAGUUCUUUGGAGGACGUGCAAAGAGGCUAGGCCAGUUUCUGACAAAAAGAGGAGUAAGCCUGAGGAAGGCACAAAUUACAUGCACAGCUAUUUUCAUCGUUUGGGGUGUCUUGGUCCAUCUAGUUAUUCCUCCUUUUGUCUUUAUGGUGACUGAAGGAUGGGACUACAUUGAAGGCCUCUAUUUCUCAUUCAUCACUAUCACCACCAUAGGAUUUGGAGAUUUUGUGGCUGGCGUAAAUCCAGAUGCAAACUAUCAUGCCCUUUACAGAUACUUUGUGGAGUUAUGGAUCUAUCUGGGACUAGCUUGGCUUUCACUUUUUGUCAACUGGAAGGUCAGUAUGUUUGUGGAGGUUCAUAAAGCAAUCAAGAAACGGAGGAAAAAAAGAAAAGAGUCUUUUGACAACCAUCCUAGGUCUAAAAAACCCCUUCAAAUGGGUACCUCCAAGGAUGUGAACAUUUUCAGCUUCCUUUCAAAGAAGGAAGAGACCUACAAUGAUCUUAUUAAACAAAUUGGGAAGAAGGCCCUGAAGACAAACAAUGACAAGAUGAUCAAAGUAGAAAAUACCAAACAAAAUAUGCAGAAUGCCAGUAAAGAUGCUCAGGUGACUUACACAAAAACAGAGUCAUUUGAGUAUGAGGAGUCUUCCCUGGACAUUCAAAAUGGUCAUGUACUCAGACACCUGCAUGAUAAACGUAUUGGAGACAGCCCCCUAGAAGGAACCAUGUUUGUAAACCAGCUAGACAGGAUAAGUGAAGAAGAAGGUGAAGUAUGGGAUUCCAGAGACUAUCGACCCUUAAUAUUUGAGAAUGCCAAUAUAACGUUUGUAAAUGAGGAUGAUGAUGAAGAGGAAGAUAUCUCAGAUGAUGAGGAAACUUCAAAAUCCUCCAUGGAUGAUAAUCUUGUAGAGGAACCUGAAACUGCAAAAAAACUGGUAAAAUUCCCAUCCUCUGAUGAAUCUACCUUUACCAACAACGAGCUAGAACUUUCUGUGCCUUAUGAACAACUGAUGAAUGAGUAUAAUACAGUAAGCAAUGUGAAGGCUGCAACGUGAAACAUGCUGGACAGUGGUUUUCUGAAAAUGGUCAGUGCAUAUUGAACAAAUUAAUGGAGCAAGGAGAAAAGCAUGUUUUUGCAACUUCUCCUGUCUCUUUGAAAACAAAAGCAAGACCCAAACUAAUGACCUCCAGUGUCCUUUUCCUAUCCUAAGUUGGUUUCUGAGCCCAUCAGCUUUGCUUAUCUGAAGAGACUUGUAAAAUAACAGUUGAAUCAGGAGUCCUGCUCCGUCUUGGGAUUUUAUGGUUCUUGAACAAAGUAGACAAGAAAAGACUAGUUAAUACACUGGACCUGCUCUGCAUUUAUGCAUUUCAUUGAGGAAUUAGUUUUGGAGUUUAACUAUACUGUUGCAAAGAGACUGGUUUGGGCAUCAAAUGUGUUCGGUUACUCCACUAGCCCUUUAACUCUGAAAACCUGGAUUUGAAUCCUGCUUUGAUCAAAAAUGAAAGCAAGGGUUGUUUUUGUUUUUGUUUUACUACCCAUUGUUAAGUUUGUACCACAAAAAAAAUGGUGCAACUACUAGUGGUUCUUAAUGAGAAACUUUAGAUGGAAUACCAGGGGCACACAGAUCUGAGCUGGGGUGCACUGGCAGACUGAGGAGAGGAGGAAGCUUCUAAAACAUCUGUCUGGAAUAUGUCAGUGCUUGUCAAAUCAUAGUUGUAGUUUUGUGAACAAAAUAUUCAAAUUAAAAAUUCCAAGGAAUGGAUUGAGAAGGCAAAAAUCCUCUGGGAUGAAGCUCACCAAUUGGGCUGCUAAACUGCACAUCAGCCCCAGAACUGUUGAAGAUUAAGGUGACUGCAAAACCUAUUGAUCAAAGCAUGUACGAGCAUAAGCAGGAUGCAACAGACUUUUCUUAAUGUUGAAAGUGUCCUUCCACUGUCCAUUUCCUAGAGGAAAUACUUGAAUGAACCUUAUACAGUAUCUAUGUACAGGUGAAGUUUUAGUGACACUGCUCUUCUGAGGGGAAAAAAAAUCGCCUUUGGAGAUGCAGAUAUUCUCUAAAUGCCCUAAUGCCUGUCAGAAGGGACCUGCAGCACUGCUGCUGACCUGUGCAGUGUGUUAGUCAGUAUUGUUUGAUGUUCCUCCCUGCCUUGGUACUUCAGACUAGACUUGAAUGAGAGAUGAUUUUUGAAACAGUUGAUUAUACUUUGCUUAUUUGUUUUGUUUUAAAGCCUGAUCUAUGUGCGUAUACAAUGGUUAUUCUAUCCCACUUUCAAGAAGGCUGAACAAUGUCAAAUCUUGUGCAAAGCUGAGAUGUGAUCAAGUGACUUAAGGCCAUAAAGCACUUUUUGAAAGGGACUUUGGCUCUAAGCUCCUGAAAGUAUUAUAUGUGGCUUGGAAAUGGGCUUCUCAUUGAGAAGGAAAUAUGUCUUUUUCAUAACGUUUAAGCCCAAGUCAUUUUGGCUGCAAAACAAAUUAUACCAUGUUUUUUCCUUUUCUUUUUCCGUAUCCUUGCAUUAACCUGGAGAACUCUUUCAAAUGAGGCUGUUGAUUAUGCAUUGGCAAAAGGUACUGACUUCGGUUGUAUCCAAUCUACUUGGAACAGAAAAUAGCCAAGACCUUUGAACCUUAACAUCUCAAGUUCUGUUAUUUUGUAUAGUUUUGCUGUGUUUAAGUCAUUCCACUAUGUCCUCAAGUUUUCAAAGUUCAGUGAACAGUUAAAUUGUUUCAUUCUCAUUUUCAGUGUAAUGCUGGCCGACUUGCUAGCUCUGUAAAAUGAGCUUAUGGAAUCCUACAGUGCUAAUCUUGAAUUACUGCAUUUUUCUAAUAACUACAAAUAUGGGCUGCAGCUUCAAUUGCCGGCCUCUCCUUUGGAAACUGGCAGUCUGGUUGGAUGUCCUGUUGACAAGAAGUAUUGAAGUUGCCUGCUGUGAAAUAAGAGAAAUUGUCUGUAUUGAUUUCUUUUCAGCAUCUUCCACGUAUAUGAGAUUUUUCAAAUAGAAAGUGAACUAGGGCCAAGCCUGUUAUACUGACAAAAAUGUGGAACCAACAUCAUUGGAAUCAGUAGUUAGUAUGUAUUUGAUAAUAAUUUGGGGAGAUUCUAAUUUGAAAUCCAAUUGCAUUAUGUUAUUGCAUCUGAAGGAAAAGAGGGAGAUGUGCUAUCAAAAAGAUUCUGACUUACUUCUAAAUGACUCCCCCACCGUACACACACCCACCCCUGCAUUGUUUUAAAAUGACUCCAAGCCCUUUUUCAACUAUUUCUUUGUAUCUGAAGGGUUGUGGUUGACAGCUGUACCUUGUAACCCUAAGAAAUUUUAGGUAAGAUGGCAUACCUGAUAUACAAGGUGUUUGUGUAACAAGUCUAGCCUGCAUUUUUUUAAUUUAAAAAUGUUCAUAUUAGGUUGAAAGAAAAUGAAAAAGCACUCCAUAUAGCUUUUGUUGUCCUCCGACUUGUCUUCCUUUAUUGAUGCAAAGAUCAAAAGUUUUAGCAACAGUUAAAAAGCUACAGGACAGUAAGGAGAGAAAAUGCUUGCUGAAAUCAUAUGAAAUGGAAAAGCAUAGUCAAAGUCUGAUCUUCAUUGCAAAAUAAUAAGUGAAUAAAUUUCUCUUUAAGACAGAAAUAAUACGACCCAGAUAUUUGGCUGGGCUUCUUUGAUUGGGAGGGUUGUUGCACACUGGAACCCAGAUUCUCCAUUCUCCGUUGUGAAGUGCACUUGUAUGCCAGAGCUGAGAAUGGAUGGGAUCUGUUUCAUAUUAUCAUGUUAGAUGCAGCUCUUUGGCCUUUCCCAAUGUAGUCAGCAUAGACUGUAUGUAUAAUCAGCAUCAUGGAGUUUAAAGUAAUAGUUUAAACUUAUUAAAACAAAGUACGAAAUUCCCACUUUUUUUGGGAAACAUGAUCACACCUUACAAAACUGUUCUCAAGACAUCCCCACCAUGUGCCUUAAUGCAGUUCUAAUACUGGGGGGGAAAAAUAAUCUUUACAGGGGCCAACAUAAUUGGUCUCAUUAAGCCCUACUUGUUUUCAGUGUUCUGGAGGGAUUUGGUUGGCACAUGAUUUUCAUGCUGGCUCUCCAAAAAGUUGAACCAUUUCCCAAGGGUUUUAAUAUUAUGGUGCCAUCUCAGAAGUACCGAAGUGCUAAGCAAGACAGUUUUUUGUCUGCCUGUCUUCCAUGUCUUGAGAAAAGUGAGUUAGAGGGGUGUCCAGGCUGGAUUUUGAGCUUUUCAGCCUCAAAAGUGCCUCCGAUUAAUUUCAGUGAAUUCCCUAGUGCUAUUUGGUAAGGUUUUGUAGAUUUUUCAGUUAUCUGGUCAACCUGGAAACAUUUUCUUUGGAUGCCGUGUAAGAUCUAAUUUGGCUAACUAGUGAUGUUAGGAGCUCCCUUAACACUAUGUAAUUACGUUUUAUAGGUGAGGCAGAUCUCUUACUGGAAAGAGAGGAAAGGGGAGUCUUUUUUUUUUUUUUUUAAUAAUUUAAAAGCACAUAUAAGGAAAAGAUGGAGUAGAAGUGAAAACUCUUCUUUCUACCUGUUGCCUAUAAGUAGCUUGUAUUUCCAGUCACAUGAUGUGAAGCAUAGGUCUGCAUUCACAAUAGUAACUUACUAAUUUUGCCAAGAUGAGCCAAUACUUUAAAAAACAGAAAAAUAAAUCUUGAAAUGUGACAAAAAUCUAUUCCUAUAAAGGCCCUUUUAAAUGUUAUAGACUAGGUUACCCCAUCCUUCAUGAUGUGAUUGUGACACUUCUUGCUCUUUUCUUGUGCUAUUGAAGCCUGUUUUUACCAGAAGGGCAUAGUUUUCAGAUACAUAUCUCAUGGCAGGCAAUCUAACACAUCUGAUACACUGGUACGAAAUCACUGAGGAAAUACAAGAAGUGAUGUGUUAAAUUUUUCUGAACCUAAUGAUUUGUGAAUCUGUUGCUGGCAAUAGAUGUCACAAAACAUGCAGAAAUAAAACCAUAGAGACUGAUAACAGAUCCGUGGUGACACAGCUGUAUAUGUUGAGAUAUUUUUCUCCAGCUGAGCUUGGAGAGUACAAGUAGAGACAGACAAGCGUUGCUGAUGAGGAGAGCAAAAAGCAAUAUACAAGUCUGUUGACCUAAACAGAAAACCAAGAGUUCUGUUGUAGACUUGUGAUUUUUGUGCCUCGUUGGAUUCAUUCCACUUGUGAUGGAUUUACCUUUUAGAAAAUUAGCUUGUCUUUCAUAAUUGCUUUUGAAGUUUGUACAGUUCUGACUCUAUCACUCCAUAAUAUGCCUGUCUGUCUAUUCUUUGUUGCUGAUUGUCACUGGAAUCACACUGUAUGUAAAUAUUUGCUAAGUCUUUGUAAAAUGUAAUUUAUUUUAAUAUUUUGCAAUAAAAAUUUUACAAUUUA